AUGGCCAUGAGAUUAUCUUCGGCAGGAACUCGACGAUCCUCUCAAUCUUCUUCCACAUCACUGCGGUUUCUCAGUAGUAGUCCUACAACGAAAUCAAGAAGACAUUUCAUGGAGGAAGAUGAUUCUGUGAGCGAAAACUCCCAUCCCAGUUUGCAAUUGACGAUUCCUCACAUAAAGAAUCAUCAUCAUUCAAACAACAAGGCUCCCAUGCCUUCCUUUCCACAGAACAAAAGUCGAAGUAGACGGUCCUCCAGUCCAGCCACCAUUAGUACUACUACUGCCAAAAGCGUGCAAGAUGACGAGGCUGCCAUGUUGCAGUAUUUGAAUAGAGAACAGCGACGUCGGCGCAGAAAUCCCAACGAGCCAGAAACCUGGUCGGUCAAAUUGCCAGCGUAUCACCAUUCCAUGCAACAGCAGCAGCAGCCUACAACCACUACUACGACAAAGUCCAAAUCACGAAAGUCGUCCUUUCCUCCACGCAAUUCCAUGUUUCGCGGAAAUGCCUCGGGAAUCUCACCGGCUGCCUUGAGUUCCUUUGGUUCCGUGGAGGAGGAUGAAGCGUAUUUGGCCGAGCGGCGAGAACCCUUUGACACCAUUGACGAAUCGAAUCAUGAUGAUCAUCAUCAAAAGCCAAAAUGGAAAAAGUGGUUUUUGAAUUGA